UGAAAGAUUUAGACUCGUUCACUUAUGUUUCUAUAAAUAAAUAGAAUGGUAAAUGUCAUAUGCGUAAAACUAUUAUUUUUAAUAUUGUAAAAAAUUGCUAUUUUAUGGUAGUUUGAAAAAUUGUGUACUGUAAUUGUUGGGAGACAAAAAUUGAGCUAUAAAAUUUAAUCAAAAAGAAUUCAACGAUCAUUUUGUUGCGGUUUGAUUUACAGAACUGGGCCGAUAGCCUACUAAAAAACAACUAGCCCAUCAGAUAAAUCAUUUAAAUUGUUUUUAAUAUAUCACAAUAAAAAAUAAAAAAACCUACAAAGUAAUAAAUUUAAUCGUGUCGUCAGAAAAGAGUAAGAAAUUACAAAGUUGAUUUUGCUUUGGUAAAGAGUAUCGGCAAGCAAGAAGAAGAAGUAGAAGAAGAAGAAAGCCCAUAAUCGAAAACAAGUCGUCCAAGUAUAAAGGAUCAAUAUUUUAUUCACUCCUCUCUUCCUCCACGCAAACCCAAUUUCAUUCUUCUCUUCUUCUCUUCUUCUCCAUCGAUCAAUUCGCUCUUCUCUUUCCAUAGAAUUUCCACCGCCUUGAACAAACAAGUUGUGCGUAAGUUUUUGUUCUGAUAGCUCAACUUCGCUUUUCACGUCUCUCUCUCUGUGUCGUUUCCUUUCCUGGGUCGUUAGUAAAGUUUUGAUCUUUUUUUUUCUACUUAUUAGAUAAAGUUGGAAACUUUGUGGCUUGGAGGAGUUGAUCCUGUUAGGUAAAUAGGUUAUGGGUUUGGCCGUUGAGGCUUGACGUUUCAAUUACUGAAUCACUCUUCUUCCUUUGGUUUAAGGGAAUUGGGUUUGAUCAAGGAGUAUUGUUUGUUUGCGAAAACCCUGUUUCGUCCUCUCUCGGUUGAGUAUAGAUUACUCUCUAUUCUAUGUUUGAGUGUUUUCUCAUAUUGCUAAGCAUGUGCUGCAUUGUCCUUAGAUCCUGCAUGUUGAAUAAAAAAGGAUAUGUUUCAAUUGAUGAAUCGUAAUCUGAGUAGGAAAAGGUUAGGUGUGUUACACACCGUGUGUACUUUAUAUCUAUUAUGGUGGUAAACAGUAAUUAAAAACAUGUCUUUAGCAAGUUAUGCCUCAACUCACAAAUUACCAUGUUGAAUAUUGUUUGUUUGAGUAGGAAACUGUUAAGUUUGUAUGUGCUUCUAAGGAUCUGAUCUGCCUUUGUGCCUCAUUUAUUUUCAUUGUGUCUGAUUCUAGCUCCCAACAUUGGCACCUUUUUUGUAUUAUGGAUGCUUUAUGCCUUUAAUGUUUGAUGUAUGAUUUGUAGUUGCAUUCUCCUGAGGCACUACGCUCUUAAUACCCCCACGUGGUAAAACAGGAAUGGACUGGCUCUGUUGGACAAUCGUCAGUCUUUGCAAAUGAUGAGUACAUGGCAAAAGGCUCCAAAUGUAUUCAACUUUUUCAAAUGGCGACGCACUGAACCGUCCUCUUCUUUGACUACUGGAUUGCUUGACAAUGCGUCACACGAGAUUGAGCUGUCUAACUACGGUGGAGUAAUACCAAGUCCCGGCAGCGAGAGUCCGUCAGGGCUUCUCAACGGAGAGAGCUUAACUGUUCAACCCAUUACUGAUUUGGAUCUCUUCUUCGAGCGGCUCUACAGCUACUACAGAUACAAAGGCCUCUGGUGUAUCAUCGUCAAGUGGGCUGUUGAGCUUCUAAGCCUUGGCUUCAUCAUAUGCUUCUCUGGGUUUUUCUUGCUGUAUGUGGAUUGGCGUGGUCUUAAGGAUGCAAAAUGUGGAAUGGAUGCGGUUGAAUCUUGGACUAAGCCAUGUGAUCUUGUCAAAGAAGCUAUCCAUGAGCACCCUUUGUCCCCUUUCACGCUCACAACGGCUAUCAUCGUUGGAUAUUUGGCUAUCUUCUCUAUCUACUGGCUCUUCUGCUUCUUAAGGUUCUUCGCUCAGUUGAAGGAUACUCUGGACUUCAGUCACUUUUACUACAACAGUCUCCAUGUCACAGACAACGAGGUCCUUACUAUGCCAUGGUAAACAGUCCUUGAAAACUUUGUUCAGUUACAAAGCUCACAGCGCCUUUGUGUAGUUAAGGAUCUUUCAGCUCAUGAGAUUGUUAUGCACCUCAUGCGGAAAGAAAACUACUUGAUUGGAAUGGUCAACAAAGGUUUACUUUCUUUCCCAAUCUCCCAUUGGAUCCCUGGUGCUGGUCCAUUAGUCAAAUCUGCCCCAGAUGGGACACAACAUCACCACCUUUUGUUGGCAAAAACCCUUGAGUGGACCCUGAACUGGUGCAUUUUGCAGAGCAUGUUUAACUGCAAUAUUCGUGUUAGAAGGGACUUUGUUUCAAAUCCCACAAUGCUGAAAAAACAGCUGUUUGCGGUUGGGGUUGCAAUGCUUCUGCUGUCAUCGUAUCUUGUCAUCUUUAUGUUGGUGUAUCUGUUCUUAAGGCAUGCUGAGCAGUUCUACAAUCAUCCAAGUACUGCUUCUUCCCGAAGAUAGUCCAAUUUGUCUAGGUGGCUCUUCAGGGAGUUCAAUGAGGUUGACCAUUUAUUCAAGUAUCGGAUUAACAACAGUGCAGAACAUGCUUCUGAGUAUCUAAAUCAGUUCCCCUCUCAUAUCAUCUCCAUUGUUGCAAAGUUCGUCUCGUUUGUGUCUAGAAGUUUUUCUGCUGUGGUAAUCAUCAUUGCGUUUCUGGAAGAAUCUCUUCUGGAGGAUCAUGUAUUUAUUAUGAAUUUGUUAUGGUAUGCUGUUGUGUUCGGAACUAUUACAGCCAUUAGUCGAGCUGCUGUUUCAGAUGAAAUUUUGGUCCUUGACCCAGUAAAAACUAUGACUUUCGUGGUACAACACACUCACUAUAUGCCUAAGAGGUGGCGUGGUAAGGAAAACAAAGAUGAUGUCCGUUUGGAGUUAAAGACUCUGUUUCAGUAUACUGGAAUGAUGUUGCUGGAGGAGAUGGCUUCGAUUUUCAUCACACCGUUUUUGCUGAUGUUUGUUGUGCCAAAGCGAGUUGAUGAUAUACUGCAGUUCAUCAGAAACUUCACAGUUGAUAUUGAAGGUGUAGGCAAUGUUUAUAGCUUUAAUGCUUGAUUCGAGAACCAUGGGAAUACUAAAUAUGGUUGACCGCGUAGCCGUAAUGUAUCUCGUGAGCAGAGAGGCUCUCAGGGGAAAAUGGAGAAGUCAUUCUUGAGUUUCCAGAGUAGUUUUCCUACAUGGGAAUCAAAUUCUCUAGAGAAGCAGUUUCUGUCAAACCUCAGAACUUUCAGGGACCAAAAGCUUCAAGAAAUAAACACAAGACACUCAUCUUCUCCUACUAGUUCGUGGUGAGAAGCCCAUAUCCAUCGUCCUGGUCUUACAGAUAAUAACAACAUCGUUAUAUACAGAGACAUUCCAAGAAAUCGACGCAAUCACGUUGAUUCCAUGUGGCUGAUUGAUUCAGACCAGAGGAACCAUCCUUAUCUUCUUGACUGGUACUAUACUUGCCAACCUCACAACAGAACCAAUCACCAACCGAUCUUGAUUACAAAUCAAAACUCUGCGGAUGAUUGUUGGCCUCCUAACUUGGGAGUCCGUGGCGAAGACAUGAAAGCAAGCACAUCAGGUCAGCUCUUCUCGGAGAGAAUUCUGCGCCAUCAUCACCAACCUGAAGGAGAAGAAAACUAUGGGAAUCAUCAUGAUCCUUUAGAUGGUAGGAGACAUUGGUGGGGAAGAGAUGACCGUUCUCACAACGGUGCAACACUUCCCGCAAUUAAUAGCUUCAUCGAACCACUUGAUUUCAUAAACCCUUACACAACGAGAAACUUGUUAGACAGCUCAUGAGACGGAAGAGGCAUUGAAGAAGAUUUGUAUUGGGAGGAGAAUGCGAGAAGAAAGUUGUCUAGAACUACAUUUAUGGAUGAUGAAGAUGAUGACAUUGAAGCUGUGAUUGAUCUCCAUUUUGAUGAUGUAUAUAGCUCAAGACCUCAUGAAACUUCAACAUCAAGCACCACAUUAGGGUGAACAACAACAGUGAAGUUUUUGGAUUCAAAGUUGUUUUUUCUUUUUCUUUUAAUGGUGUUGAAGGAAGAUAAAGA